CCCGGAAUUAAAUCUAGAGUACUCCACGAUAUCAAUUGCACAAAAUAUCAUUUCAUCGGACUUUCCAAUUCUAAGCUCCAGCCCCAAGCCCCAAAUCCCAACCUCCAAACCCUCAAAAAUGUCCCACAAAAUCAAAGCAGACAUCAAAAAGGCCUACGACGCAAUCGCGCCCAAAUACCUAACCUGGACCGAGAACACCCACACAGUCCGGCUCUCCUAUCUCCAAAAGCUCCUCGCAAACCUCACCCUCAACACCGAAGAAGGAUCCAACCCAAUCCUCGAACUAGGCUGUGGCGCCGGCGUGCCAGUCACCCAACACCUAACGACCGUGCCAAACACUCGCAUCACCGCAAACGACAUCUCCGAGACGCAAAUCGCGCUGGCUCGAGAACGGCUACCGGCCAGCGUCACGCUGAUCCAGGGCGAUAUGAUGGGAUUGAGCUUUGCGGAUGGAUCGUUUACGGCGGUGCUGGCUAUGUAUUCGAUUUUCCAUCUCCCGCGGGACGAACAGGUGACGAUGUUGGAGCGGGUGUAUGGGUGGUUGAAGCCGGGCGGGUGGGUGUUGGCUAAUUUUUCGGCGGGGGAGUUUGAGAGUGUGAGUAAUGAGACGUGGCUGGGGGGGCGGGAGGGGGUUGUGCAUUGGAGUGGGUGGGGGGUUGAUGGGACGAGGCAGGUGUUGAGGGAUGUUGGGUUUGUGAUUGAGGUUGAUGAGGUUCGUGCUGAUGAGGAAGGGGAGGAGGAUGGGAGUGUGAAGAAGGUUGAGUUUUAUUGGGUUUUGGCUAGGAAGUGA